AUGACGCGAGCCUCAGCUCCCGCUUCCAUCUCGGGAUCGAGUUUGGAAGGUAAAAAUACUGGGACACUUGAUUCAAAGAAUCCUUACGAUGGAGGAGAGGUUCCUGGAACCAUGAGUAGCACGCUCAAUCAACAACAUAUCUUCGACGACCCAACGUUGGGAAAGUACUUCGUUCCUAUCGCUGAAUAUGAAGGAAUGCAUCGGUUUGACCCCAAAGCAACCUGGACAGAAGCCGAAGAAAGACACUUGGUCCGCAAAGUUGACAAGCUGAUCAUGGUAUGGUGCUGUGUAAUGUUCUUUGCCUUGCAAUUGGAUCGAGGAAACAUCUCCGCUGCCCUUUCCGAUAACUUACUGAAAGAUCUUGGACUCAACACAAACGAUUAUAAUAAUGGCCAAAUGAUCUUCUACUUAUCUUUCAUGUGCGCCGAGCUUCCGUCCCAACUGGUAUCGAAACGCCUCGGACCGGAUGUAUGGCUACCUAUCCAGUUAGUCUCAUGGUCUAUCGUAGCCAUGUCGCAAUGUCGACUUAAUGGCCGCGGAAGCUUCUUUGCCACCCGAUGUUUACUUGGCCUCUUGGAAGGCGGUUUUAUUCCAGACAUGAUUUUAUUCCUGUCUUAUUUCUAUAAAGGGAACGAAUUGCCUGUUCGCCUUUCGUUCUUUUGGAUGGCUCUCACAUUUACCAAUAUCUCCGGCGCGUUACUCGGGUAUGGAAUAUUGCGAAUGCGCGGCAUACACGGUUGGGAAGGCUGGCGUUACCUAUUUCUCAUUGAAGGUGCCAUGACCGCCGCGAUCGGUUUAUUUUCGUUUUUCUGGCUUCCUCCUAGCCCUACCCAAACGAAGGGAAUUCUUAGAGGUAAAAAUGGUUGGUUUACCGAUCGGGAGGAAGUUAUCAUGGUCAAUCGUAUCCUUCGGGAUGACCCCUCAAAGGGAGAUAUGCAUAAUCGGCAGGCCUUGCACUUGUCCGACUUUUGGGCAUCGAUCAAAGAUUACGAUAACUGGGGUUUAUAUCUUAUUGGACUUUGCGCAUAUAUUCCACCUGCCCCGCCGACUGCAUAUUUGACGCUGACGCUCCGUAACUUGGGGUUCAACACCUUCAAUACGAACCUUCUCACAAUACCUUCUAGUGUUUUAUUCAUGAUUAAUAAUUUCCUCCUGACUCAGCUCAGCCGCAUUACCAAAGAACGUUCCACCGUUGCUAGCUUUGGAAACGUGUGGCAGUUGCCGCUUCUCAUCGCGCUAGCCGUUCUUCCUGACGAGACCAAUCCUUGGACUCGCUAUGCGUUGCUGACUUUGCUGCUUGGUUAUCCAUAUGCCCAUCCUAUCCUUGUUGGAUGGAAUAGUCAAAAUUCAAAUACAGUCAGGACACGGACGGUCUCUGCUGCGUUGUAUAACAUAUUUGUCCAGGCAGGAAAUAUCGUUUCCACACAUAUAUACAAUGAUAACGACAAACCGUUCUAUCACAAGGGGAACAAAGUCCUAGUGGGCGUAGCCGUAUGGAACAUCGUUCUGUUUCAACUAGUGAAACUUUAUUACAUUCAACGCAAUAAAUGGAAGGCUGCUCGAUGGAACACGAUGAGCACAGAGGAGCGGGCACACUAUCUGGAGACUACAACUGAUAAAGGCAAUAAACGGCUAGACUUUGUCUUUGUUCACUGA